AUGGAGUUCAGCCCAGAGAUGCCAGCUGAAGUGGACACCUGCAACCUGGACAUGGAGGAGAUGCUUGGAGAGAGUCUGCUGGACAAGAAGCUCCUUCAAGAGAAGGAGCACCUAGGCCACAGGGCCAUAAAGCUGCUGCAAAGGAGGGCACGCAUGCUGUCCUCCACUGCCAACACAGGCUUCAGGAAGCUCCAGGAUGAGAGGACUGAACUGGAACGCCAGCUGCAGGGCGAGCUGGCCACUCGUCACUGUCAGCUGAUGGCCGCGCAAGUUGAUGUGGAGAUGUGGAAGAGGCGGACGGGGCUGCUGCAGCUGCAGCUGUCCAGCGUGCAGGAGGAUGUGGACAUGUAUGCCAUGCGCGUGCGGCUGCUGGAGAGCGAGAUCGCGCAGGAAUCUGCUGCCAAGGCACAUGCGCAGGCAAUGCACUUGACCACUACCCUUCCACCUCCCUAA